AUGUCUCUGACAUUCUGCAGUAGAUAAGCCACUCUCUCUCUCUCUGAAGAUUCAUUCCCCCACCACUGAGGUUUAACUUAUACAAAUAGAUCUUUUGGUUUUUGAUUCAUCGAAGAAGCAAACUCUGUUUUCAUGGCUGCUUACAAUACCAAACUCUGUUUGGCCUCUGUUUUCUUGCUCUUAGGGCUUCUCUUGGCUUUUGACUUGAAGGGUAUAUCAGCAGAAAAUCUUACCAAACAGAAACUGAACUCGAAGAUACUUCAGGAUGAGAUUGUGAAGAAAGUCAACCAAAAUCCAAACGCUGGAUGGAAAGCUGCUAUAAAUGAUCGAUUUUCAAACGCCACUGUUGCAGAGUUUAAGCGCCUUCUCGGUGUUAAACCAACACCGAAGAAGCAUUUCUUAGGUGUUCCUGUUGUAAGCCAUGAUCCAUCUUUGAAGCUACCUAAAGCUUUUGAUGCUAGAACAGCUUGGCCACAAUGCACUAGUAUUGGAAAGAUCUUAGAUCAGGGACAUUGUGGUUCUUGCUGGGCAUUUGGUGCUGUUGAAUCACUAUCUGAUAGAUUCUGUAUCCAAUUUGGCAUGAACAUUUCUCUAUCAGUAAAUGAUCUUCUAGCUUGUUGCGGAUUCCGUUGUGGUGAUGGUUGUGACGGUGGCUACCCAAUUGCUGCUUGGCAAUACUUUUCGUAUAGUGGUGUUGUCACCGAAGAGUGUGAUCCAUACUUUGAUAAUACCGGAUGCUCUCACCCGGGUUGUGAACCGGCAUAUCCUACACCGAGAUGUUUGAGGAAAUGCGUUAGCGACAACAAACUAUGGAGCGAGUCGAAGCAUUACAGUGUCAGUACAUACACUGUUAAUUCUAGUCCACAAGAUAUCAUGGCAGAGGUUUAUAAGAAUGGACCUGUUGAAGUCUCUUUUACCGUUUAUGAGGAUUUUGCUCAUUACAAAUCUGGAGUCUAUAAGCACAUAACAGGAUCUAACAUUGGAGGUCAUGCUGUUAAACUUAUUGGUUGGGGAACUAGCAAUGAAGGCGAAGAUUAUUGGUUGAUGGCAAAUCAAUGGAACAGAGGCUGGGGUGAUGAUGGUUAUUUCAUGAUAAGGAGAGGAACUAAUGAAUGUGGAAUUGAAGAUGAACCAGUGGCUGGUUUGCCUUCAAGCAGGAAUGUGUUUAAGGUUGAUACCGGUUCGAAUGAUCUUCCGGUUGCGUCGGUUUAAGAUCAAAGAUGGAAAUGUUGCAUCGGUUUAAUAUCGAAGAUGAAAAGUUGUUUGUAAGAUAUAUGUUAUGGUUGUUGUUUGCAGUAAAAGAAUCCGGUGACUGGAAAUUGUUUUCUGGUUGGCUGUGAAAAUGUUAUACAAAUAAGUACUUCUUUUUUUUU